AUGAAGCCCACCGUUGUGGCUCAGGAUGAAAUGUUUCCUGAUGGAGAUGCUGGUUGGAUGGAGAUGGAUGAGGUAACGACCGUUUUGUAUAAAGCUUUGUAGUUUGUGACUGACAGCCUCGUCUGCUAGGUACUGACUCUGCUUCAAUUGUUAGCAUUUUAUCACGAAAGACAUUGUCUUUAGUUCAGUUUUUAUUUCUUCCUAGGCGGCAUCAGGUGGGGGAAUGAUGAUUGAAUUAGCAGCGAAUGAAAGAGCAGUUCAUGGUGACUUUUUCAACAGUAAGUGUCUUCUCCACAGAGCUGUCAACUCUCCCGGAUAAUCUUGGAGACUCUAGAUUUUAAACCGUUUCUCCCGGUCUCCAGAUAUUCUGAAAUCUCCCGGAUAAUCGCUGAAGUUUGCCAUUUCUUGUAGAUUCGACUCUUUGACAAUGAAAUUUCAAAUAUUUUGCGUUGUUUGAGCUAUUUUUCUGUUAACAUUGAACGUUUCCUCACAAACCCCAGGUAUGCCAUUGUAAUAUAAGCAGUAAUGUGAUUGGUGGGAAGUAAACCAAUUAGUUUCUGGUCAAAUGUUACAAUUAAAACAACAUCUUUUUUGUGCGUUUUUUUUUUUUUUCAAAAAAUGAUGUCAGGUACCCUGCAUUAUGACAUCAUCUAUCACCCACUCCCCAUCAAUUCUCAAUAUUUGAAGAUGUGGGGGGUUGACAGCCCUGUCUCCGGGAGAUGGGGAGGUGGGGGUGUGUGAAAGAGAUGGGGAUGCUCCUCAGGAAUUGGGAAUAAAAGCCCCUAAAGGAGACUAGUAUGGGCCUUAUAUGUAGAUAUUUCUUUAUGCACUACCCUAAGCAAUACCCUUGCAAGUGAGACCAAAAUCUCCAAUUUCUCUGAGACAAGGAACAUCCUCAUCACUUUAAAAUGAGAUCCCCCCCCCCCUCUGCCCUUUUCCAGGCUUUGUCCAUUUCCAUUCUUGUAAUUUGCAUUAUCAAUACAAGUUCCACAAAUGCAGUAGCCUGUUCCAGGCCUUCAGAUAUCAGAGCACGCAGUUCAGAUGGUGGGGAGUGAGUUUAAUUGUAUGUGGGGAAAAUGAGGAGAAAAAAUGAGGGGAGAAAGGGGCGAGAGCAAGGGAACGCCUGUACACAUUCUUAACAAAGGUCCUUCCAGUAUACUGGAUGCCAGUACCCUCUUAUUAGUGGAUUAUGACACCUUCUGUUUUAACAGAAGGUGUUAAAACACCUGAGCACUGGUGAUGUUGAUGACGAAUGCGACAUGGAGGAGAAGAGACAUCUGUUAUCGAAUCAUGCGGACAUUAGCCUGCAUAGCAAGUGAUGGUUAUAAUAAUAAUUAUUAUUAUUAUUUUACGGGCGGUGCACGCAUCCUCGAGAUUUCUUCCUUUGCCCUUCAUGUUCCAGUUACGCGGUUAACAGCCAAUUAGGGGCAGAAAAAGCCCUGUUAGGGUAUCUUUACAGGUAUUCCCUCCCCUUUUCCCUUUCUAGUCUCUCCUUGUGCGUUUUUUUUCCUCAUCAAUUUUUCGCUUGCACUCUACCAUCUGAACGCCUGGAUCAGGCUAUAAAUGCAGUGAAACCCCAUAAUUAUACAACCUUAUUUAGGCCAUGACUACAGUCGACUCCUGAUAACUCAAACCUUCUAGGGAAAUAAAAAAAAGUUUGAGUUUAUUGGGAGUUUGAAGCAAAUAACUGGAAAUAAGCAAAUAAGCAAGUGGAUUGGGAGGGAAUGCAAUUAAGCAACAAAGUAUACAGGGAUGGACACUGAGUUUCAACUGGAGUAACAAAAAAGAAAAGACAGAGAAAUGACACGGUUAUUUUGAAAUAAAUUCAGUGUCACAGACUUCAGUACACGUUUUUUUUUCCUACUUGUCACGUGCUGGUUCAAGUUACUUAGUGUAGAAUUAUCUAGAAAUGAUCUGAAGGGAAACAAAAAUUAUUUUGAGUUAGCAGGAGGUUUGAGUUAUCGAGGGUUUGAGUUAACAAGGGUAAAAUUACAGUAAAGGUAUGAAGGAAAUCCAGGGGAAAUCGACUUUGGUUCAAGUUAGCAAGGGUUCAAGUUAUCAAGUGUUGACUGUAUGCAGUGGUCUUAAAAAUCGGGCUGUAUACUUUUACAUCCAACUAUCUGCUGCUGUGUCAGUGAAGAUUAGGAAAUCUGGCCCUCUGUGAGUCACUUUUCAAAGUUUAGAAAAUCCCAGCAUGGAGUUCGCACUGGUGCAACUGUUUUCCACUAAAAAAGUCAUAUUUUCCUGCAAAAAGGUUGCAAUAGUUGCAUUAUUAUUAUUUUUUUCUCUUUUAACAGAUUUUGAUGACCUUUUUGACGAUGAUGAUCUGCAGUGAUCUAAGAAACACUUUAAAAUUUUAUUGUACAGUUUGCUUGGGCUUAAAUAUGUAUUGAAUAUUGUAUGUAAAUUAAGACCUGACUACUUGACAUUCAUUUGGUUUGUACAGUUAUCUUUUUAUUAUACUGGAAAUAAAAAGUCUUGGUUCAUU